UGGAUUUAUAUAAUUAAUGGACUAAUAGACAACACAGAAAGCCUAAGGAUUUAACCUAAAGGUCCACUGGUCAUCAUGCUGUAAUUGUUGGAUCCAAACUGAGUAAAUACACCUUCCACACCAGAUUUAAACCUACUGUUCCAUGAGUUGGCUAACAGACACCCUUGCCUACAAUUUUUCAUGAUGUGACUGGAUCUAGAGGUGACCAUCUCACCUAUUAUGAUGGAAUCUGGUCUGUCACCUUCCACAGACCCUCUCCACCUCAAUAACAGCAACAACAGCUGGAGCGGCCUUUUCGAUGGUGAUUCACUGAGGAGCAAUCACACCCUGACCCUGCAUGAGCGCUUUCACAACGCCCUGCUGGGUGUCUUUCUGGGACUUCUUUCUCUCCUCACAGUCAUAAUGAACCUGCUUGUCCUCUACGCCGUUAAGAAAGAGAAGAGCCUCCACACUGUUGGGAACCUCUACAUUGUCAGCCUGUCUGUGGCAGAUCUAAUCGUGGGGACCACAGUAAUGCCUCUGAAUUUGGUGUAUUUGUUGGAGGAUGAAUGGAAGCUGGGGCGGGCUGUCUGUCAGUUUUGGCUCAUUAUGGACUACGUGGCUAGCACAGCCUCAAUUUUCAGCUUGUUUAUCCUGUGUUUGGAUCGGUACCGCUCUGUCAGACAGCCGCUUAAGUACCUGAAAUAUCGCACGCGGGGAAAAGCCAGCGUGAUGAUUUCGGGUGCCUGGCUGCUGUCGAUGAUGUGGAUUAUUCCUAUUUUAGGAUGGAGGUCUUUUACUCAUGUAGACCUUAAACCCGAGGAGGAGAACAAGUGUGACACAGAUUUCCGCUUUGUCACGUGGUUUAAGGUUAUUACUGCCGUCUUCAACUUCUAUGUACCCUCAAUUUUGAUGCUUUGGUUUUACACACACAUCUACUUGGCAGUAAGGCAACAUCUGAGGGACAGAGAGAGAAUCAUUCAUCCAACAGAUUCAUUUGGGGAAAAUGAGAAUGGACAAAAUGCUCAAACGCCUGUGAAAAGUGACUCCAAAUCACCCAAGAGGGAAUGUGAGGUUCCACUGACACACUCUAAAAAACAACGCCUGUUAGACCAGAACACCCUAGAUCAGGCAUAUUCCCUCGAGGAUGGCGAUAAAACUAAAACCGCUUCAUCUAGAUCUCACAGAAAAAUUGGUGUAAAGUGCCAGCAGACGUCAUUUCUUGCCAUGACAACAAAACGACUCAGAAUGGCACAAAAGGCCAAAAGGUGCUCCUUGUCUCCUGAGGAGAAGCAGUCAGACAUUGAGGUUCCCCUGAGUCGACCUUCGGUGCCGCAGGAUGUAAUUUGCUCAGAGGGGAAUAACGAGAACAAACUUCAGGCUUCUUUAAAUGAAUGUCACGUCACAGUGCCAAACUCAGUGAGUGGUGUCUGUGAUAUCAGUCAGGUUUCAGACAUGCAGAGAUAUACCUCUGUGCUCUACAACAAUUAUGACCCCAGUCAGGCUCUGCCUUGGACUGAGGAAGGGGUUGAAGAUGAAAAAUUGGACCCGGCUAAUGCGGUGACCCUGAGACAGACGUGGCAAAAGUUUAUUGACCAAUCACGUCAGCGUAUCCAAAGUCUGAGGAUCCAUAAGGAGCACAAGGCAGCCAAGCAGUUGGGCUUUAUAAUCGCUGCUUUCUUGUUGUGUUGGAUACCGUACUUCAUUGCUUUCAUGGUCAUGGCGUUCUGUAAAGAAUGCGUGCACCAUGACCUACACAUGUUUACCAUAUGGUUAGGUUACAUCAACUCCACUCUCAACCCUUUUAUAUACCCGCUCUGCAAUGGGAACUUCAAACGAGUCUUCAAAAAUAUUCUGAACAUUCGUUUGUGACAAAGCCUAGCAGAACAAAAUCAUAGGUAUCUAAAUGCUGUUGAUAUUCACAGAUAAGGACAGGAAA